CUUUACUUUCAACAGAUACGACACAUUACCAUUCAUAAUAAACCCCAAAACAAAGUUCUUCUCUCUCUCUCUCUCUCCCUCUCUCGUGAAUCAUCACUUCGUUUUCCCCGCUUUCAACACCGCUCAUCUUCUCUUCUCUUUUCUCUGCUAAUCAUGGCAACCUUGUCUACUAUGAAAGUUUCCCCUCAUUGCACAUUACAAACUGCAAGCAAAAAUCCAUCCAUUGUUGCCACCAUAGUGAAGUGUCCUUCUUCUUUAAGGUCUGUGAAGAGCGUUUCCAGAUCUUUCGGCUUGAAGUCGGCCUCUUCAUUUAGAGUCACUGCCAUGGCUUCUUACAAGGUUAAGCUGAUUGGCCCAGAUGGAACAGAGAACGAGUUCGAAGCCACUGACGAUACUUACAUCUUAGAUGCAGCAGAGAGUGCUGGAGUUGAACUUCCUUACUCAUGCCGAGCUGGAGCAUGCUCCACCUGUGCUGGGAAGAUUGUUUCUGGUUCUGUGGACCAGUCCGAUGGCUCAUUCCUCGAUGACAACCAACUGAAGGAAGGCUUUGUACUUACCUGUGUCUCCUAUCCAACUGCAGACUGUGUAAUUGAAACUCACAAGGAAGGAGAUCUCUACUGAGCAAUGCUGGCCUUGAAGUUGGGAACUGGGAAUUUAAGGUAGACUUUGCAACUAGUUUACUUGUGCUGCUUUAGAAUCAAAUUUUCUUUUUUGAUUAUUAGUGAUUUGGUGUAUUGAAUUUUUGUUUGUGCAGCAAGCACUGUGAUCUUAAUUAAUAAGACGAUAAGCACCUUCGGUUGGCUUUUAAAUGUGGUAGUUGUUUUUUCUUUC